AUGCUAUCUCUGUGUGACAAGCUGUACCAGCAACUGAACGUGAAAGACCUUCUGGAGGAUCCGCUGGGUGAUCUGGAGGAGCUACGAGCCGUUUUGCAAGAGGUCAGCGAAGUAAAUGCGUACUACGUGCGGCAAUUCUUGUCCGCGAGACUCGUUGAUCAGUGUGACGAGGACUGGGUGUACGAGAUGUACGUAGAUCUGCUCUCUAGCAGGCCGUUGCGGCCCGAUGAGCCCAAUGUGCUAGUGUACCGUCUGGGCGACACUGUACGGGUCUCUAUCCGUGAGAUGCCGCGACUGAUCAGCGCUGUGAACACCACCGGGUUCCGCACAUGGCGUGCUGCGACAUCGCUGUCGAAACUGCUGGUGGAGCACCGGGAGCUCACGCGCGGGAAGACCGUGCUGGAGCUUGGUUGCGGUACGGGUCUCAGCAGCAUUACCGUUGGCGUACUCGACGAGUACAAGAAAUUGUACGUCACUGAUGGUGACACGGGGAUCCUCUCCGAGGUGACGACCCCAAAUCUGUCCCUGAACAAGGUCGAGCGGGACGUUCAAUGCCAGCGGCUCGUGUGGGCCUCCGAGGACCGUGUCCCGGGGGACAUCGACGUCGUUGUGGGAGCGGACAUAACGUACGACCCGACCGUGUUCCCCGAGCUGUGCACCUGUCUCGACGAGUGUCUGCAGCAACCAAAGUGCCAGUGCGCCAUACUGGCGUGUACAGAGCGUAACCGCGAGACCGUGCACGAACUGCAUUCCCAGUGUGCCCAGCACAGUCUCUCCAUGGAGUGUCUCCAAGCGGAGGACGCCGUCAAGAUAUACAAGAUCACAAGGCGGCCCGCCGCACCAUCUGCAUAA